AUGGAACUCAAUGUCGACGCCAUAGAGCAUGGCAACCCUCUUGGCUUAGGCACUUCGAUCAUCCUGCUUUUAUUUGUCCUCAUCCUUCUCCUUCAAUGUAGGGAUACACCCGUCUCGCUGAACGGACUGCCCCUGAUCAAUGGAAAGAGAUGGUUCGAAUUCGUCGACUUGUUCGCCAAGAAAAGGUUCAUUACAAACGCACAGGAUCUGCUUAAGGCUGGACUGAAAAAGGGAAGUGUAUUCAAUAUCGUCACUGAAAAUGGGGUCAUGAUGGUCCUGGACCCCAGAUACGCUGAUGAGAUUCGCAACAUAAAAGUACUGAGCCUCCGAAAGGCCCUAAUAGAGGACACGCAUGUCAAUGUCCCCGGGUUUGAGCAUCAGAGGCAAGGCGUGGAGGAUGAUGAGAUCUUCCAGACUACUUUGAAGACAAAAUUGACUCGGAACUUGGAGAAUCUGAAUCCGAUCUUGUCUCAGGAGGCAACGAUCGCACUGCAGGAACAUUGGACUGAUAACCCCGAAUGGCAUGAGAUUCCUUUAAAUCAAACCAUUCUCAAAAUCGUCGUUCAACUCAGCUCCCGGGUCUUUCUGGGCGAUAAGAUCUGCCGCAACCCCAAAUGGCUACGAAUUUCCGUCGACUACUCCGUCGAUUUAUUCCUAGCGACCUUUGGGUUGCGCAUCUUCCCUCGAUUUCUGCGCCCCUUCGUGUCCAAGUUCCUGCCAUCUUGUCGAAGGCUUCGUGCCGACAUACGAGAAGCUCAAAGCAUCAUGGAGCCGGUCAUAGAGGAACGUCGAAAGGCCAAGGCUAUCGCUAGGCAGGAAGGGCGAGAUCCAGAACACCAUGAAGAUUCAAUAGAGUGGUUCGAGGACGUUGCGAAGGGAAGAAAGUAUAAUCCUGUCUCUACGCAGUUGUUGCUGUCCACUGCGGCUGUGCAUACCAGCUCCGAUAUGCUCACUCAGGUAAUGUACGAUUUAGACGGGCAGGAAGAGCUAAUUGAAUCACUGCGAGAGGAGGUCAAAUCAGUUUUCAUGAAAGAUUGGGAAAGGUCCUCAUUGGAGAAGCUGAGGUUAAUGGAUAGUGUGCUGAAAGAGAGCCAGCGCUUGAAGCCAAUCAGUAGCGUCUCCAUGCGCCGCAUGGCGGAAGCUCCUGUCACCUUGUCUGACGGCACCAUCAUCCCGAAAGACUGCAAGAUCAUUGUCCCUUGUAUCCGACAAAGGGACGAGAAGUACUAUCCUAACCCUGAGACUUUUAUCCCCGAUCGCUUUCUCAAGCUCAGAAGCGAGCCUGGCCACGAGCACACCGCAUCCUUUGCCAACCCGUCUCCGAAUCAUUUGGGCUUCGGACUGGGUCGACACGCAUGUCCGGGAAGAUUCUUUGCGGCGAACGAAAUCAAAUUAGCGUUGUGCCAUAUCCUGAUGAAGUAUGACUUUAAAGUUGUUGGGAAAAAGCCCGAGAAGAUAGUAUUUGGGACAAUGUUGGCGGCGAAUCCAAAUGGGAUGAUUGCGAUCAGGAGGCAGAGCGAGGAGCAGAUUCGUCUGUAA